AUGUGACAGAGGCAGCACAGGGCAGCUGUAGCAGAGGCGAGGGUCAACUGGAGCUCUCCUGGUCACCAGCCAGCCUCUGUCCUGCUGCAGCACUUGCUUUUCCAGCUCUUUUUCCCGGUGUAAGUCACUUGCUGCAGAGGUAAGUGCUGACCGAAAAGGCAAGAGCGGGAUCUGGUGAUGAUGGGGCUGCUCCGGGCAACUCCAACGUCUUGGCUGUUACUUUUAAGCCCUGAAUGCACUUGGGAAUCUCAUGGCAGAAAGCAGAGCAUCUCCCUGGCAAUGCCGGUGCUUGGCAGCUCAGCCCUCUUCCUGGGGGCCGUACAGGAGCUAGACUUGCUCUGCACCAGCACCUCUGACUAAGAGCUUCAUCCAGAGCUCCCCAGCGAUGGGGGAUCUCAUGUCUGGCUUUUACAGGCUUUAGAUCAGGCACUGACUAAACGCUGCGGGUCUGACUCAGGGCGGUCCAGGUUGGGACACGACGGAAGAUGUGGAUGCAGCAGCAUGUGGUUAUUAUUCACCUAUCCACCACACCUAUGCGCAAACACCUCAAAGUAGAUGACACCCUGCUCUCUUCUCCUCUCCGUUUUGCCCUGGGCUUUCAGAGGGCCGUGGGAAUGGGUUUCCUCCUUGCUGGGGUUCUGAUACUUCCACUCCGCUUGGGAUUUGGAGCCAACGCUUUUGUGCAACAUUCAGCUGCAAGUGCGGAAUUUCCCUUGGUUGAGCCCCCAAAUCACCCUGCCUGCGGGAGCAUCCCGUAGGAGAGAGAGGUGGUUUAGUAGUGGAUGGGUACGGUUGAACUUGAUCAUCUCAAAGGUCUUUUCUUCACGUUAAAGGUGGGGAGGCCCUGGCCCAGGUUGCCCAGGCGGCUGCCCCAUCCCUGGAGGUGUUCAAGUCCAGGUUGGAUGGGGCUUGGAGCCCCUGAUUCCAUGGGAAGUGGAAUUAGAUGAUCUUCAAGGUCCCUUCCAACUCAAACUAUUCUAUGAUUCUUUCCCAACCAAACAAUUCCAUGAGAGCAGAGAGCCAGGGGCAGGGCUUUGUAUCAGGAUAUGUUUUCCUUCCAAGAAACCCCACCAUGGCAGGAGCUCCAGUGCUCGAGGCUGGAUCAGCAUCUUGGGGAGAGUCGUCCUGGAGGGAAACUGAGGCAGAUGGAUGAACGUGUGGGAUGUAGCAGAGCCGGGAGCUGAGCAGGCAUCGCUCCAGGCUUGUUGGAGCCCCUCUGCAGGGUGUCCAGGCUCCUGCCAACCCCAGGGUGCAGAUAGGGCCCUCCGCCUCCCUUGUAGGGCCUCUUGUUAUAGUCCCUAUAAUUAUACGUGUGAAGUCUGCCUGCCUUCCUCCCCGGCUCCUGCUUGUAGGACCUCUUGUUAUAUUGAGUAUAAUGAAGUGUCCGAAGUCUCGCUCCCCCCCCCUACCCGCCCUUGCCAACCUGCGUGUAGGACCUCUUGUUAUAGCCAAGGAAAUUAUGGGUCUUUGGUCUCCCUCCCUUUGCCCAAGCUAUAAUUUAGUUUUAUAUAAAGUGCGGUCCAGCCCCUGUUGUGCAAGCGGUUGCUAUUCCAGGUUAUGGGGAGAGGGAUGGAGCAGCGAGGAGGGGGGCUUGCCGCGGGCGGAGGAGCUUAAUAUCACACCAUGCAGCCCUACUGGACACCCCACUGCACCCCUGGACACCCCAGAGCCCCCCAAGACACCCCAGAGCAGAGGGGCAGCCAGCCCGUAGUGUGCCGUGCUGCAUCUGCAGGAGAGGUGGGAGAGACCUCACAUGCUUCGCCAAGGCAGGCAGUAGCGGCACCGUCGGCAGAGUCCCGGCCACCCAGCCGCCCCACUGCCGGCCCCACGGCACCAAAGAAGGAGAAACCCCUGGAAGAUGAUGAAUCCCAAAAAGUCCUGACGAAAGGUCCCCGUUCGGAGCUCACCGAAGCUGUGACAUGCCAGCCCCAGGUGCAAGCUUCCCCACAGCCCCUCAGCUCCUGCACCCAUCUGCUGCAGAACGGCGCCGGACGAGGACCCAAUUCAGGUGGUGCCAACGGGGAGGCAGGGAACGGGGUCUUCCGCCCCCUCCCCAGCACGCAGAAGCCCCACCGAAAGCUGCAGUCACAUCACUCAAUCAACAGCCAGAGCAGCAAGAAGAGCAAGGGCAGCUCCAAGUCGGCCUCUUCCCACAUCCCUAUUGAGGCACAAGAAGACUGCUGCGUCCACUGCAUUCUCUCCUGCCUCUUCUGCGAGUUCCUGACCCUCUGCAACAUCGUGCUGGACUGUGCCACCUGCGGCUCCUGCACCUCCGAGGACUCCUGCAUCUGCUGCUGCUGCUGCAACUCAGGCGAGUGCGCGGACUGCGACCUGCCCUGCGAUAUGGACUGCGGCAUCAUCGACGCCUGCUGCGAGUCGGCCGACUGCCUGGAGAUCUGCAUGGAGUGCUGCGGGCUCUGCUUCUCCUCCUGAGGGGCUGCACUCGGGUGGAGAGGAAGGACUGGGAGUGGGUCCCUCCCAGCCCCUUUUACAGCAGCCGAGGGUCCCUAAGCCAGCGAGGGGGGAAACCCAGGUAUGAAAUGCCAAAAGAUGGAGCAAGGAGGAAAGCAAUAGUCCCCUAUUGCAAGCCUCAUCCUUGGAGCCGUCGAGCCAGGCUCAGAUCCUGCCUGGGGAAGGGUGAAUCCAUAGGGGCUCCCGGUACAGCUGACAUCCCAUCACGCUCUACCUCUUCCCCGCACCGGGCCAGUUUGCUGAGCAUAGUCGGAGCCUCCUGCCACCUGAGCCGAGAGCAGGAGCACCCACACCACAGACCCUGCAGGUGCCACCCCAGGAUCGCGGUGUUAGAGACAGCCGCGAGGCUCUGGGUGCAUUGCUCUGGUUUGAACUGUGAUGGCACAGAGCGUCCUCCCAUCCCGAACAGUGAUGGCACAGAGCAUCCUCCCGUCCCGAGGACUCCAAGGCUGGGCACAGUACAGAGCCUCACUCGCCACUGGGAGCCCACCAGGCACCAGAAGAUGCUGAAGCCUUCCUGAUGCUGAAAAGUCCCUUCUGUGGGACACAUCCUGCCAGUCCCCUUCCCUUCCUCGGUGCUGAGAUCGGCAGCCAAGUGCAAUACACACAGCCUGCUCCCAUCCCUAUUUCACCAGCCAAGAAGAAGAUUCUCUUUCACCAUUCCCUGCAGCGGGGUUGCAGCUGGAAGCCGGGACAACCAGGGCUGGGGAGAGCCUGGAACCAUGUCAAGCUGUUACCAACCACCAUGCAUCUCAGGACAGGGUGGCUUGCUUGAUGACAAAUGACCCCCAUCGCAGUUGGUUGUCCCCAUCGCAGCACGCCUGGGAUGGGGCUUGUGGCUUGUGAGGGUGGAAAAAGCCCCAUUGAAGGGCUGGGAGAGGGGAGGGAAGCGUCACAGUAUUUU